GGGUUAUUAUCAACCCAGUUCAUCCAUCACCGACCGGCGUCACCACUUGCCAGUCACCUCACCACCAUGAAGAAUCCUUGGCUCCUAUUCCUCGCCCCCUUCCUCUUAGCCGUGUCGUCAUCGCUGCCUCAUACCGCCGCCGUGCCGCUGCGUUUCCCUGCCGCAGGGCGGUCGCCUGUCCAGUGCAUCGGCGACGGCGUCUACGCUGCUAACAGCACCUACCAAGCCAACCUCCGCCGCGUCGCCGCCCUCCUCCUAGCCGAGGUGUCCGCCUCCCCCGGCCAGUUUUACUACACGACCCAUGCCGUCGGGUACUGGCCUAACCGGUUGCUCGCCAGCUCCUUAUGCCGGCGCCGCGACGUCAACGGCACCCACGUUGGCUACCCCUGCGCCGACUGCAUCGCCGGGGCCUUCCUCGAAAUGGAGAGAGCGUGCCCGUACCGCAGGGAGGCCUUCUAUAUCGAUCGCAACUGCAGUGUCGAACUUGCCGAGAUUCGCAUCUUCGGGACUGGCGGCAUCUUCCAACGGAACAUACUGAUACAAGCCAUGGCUUCGGGAUUGGUACUUCAAGCAAUUGGAUUUGCUUGGCUUUUCUUCUUGCUAUUUCAAGAAUGGCGCAGCCGGAAAAGAGGCAACUUGAUGCAUUCCACCCCUCUUUUAUCUGGAGAUGAGAAUGUUGGCAACAUGUCUACCAAGGCGUAACGGCAAAUGUUGCAUACUUGCAUGAAGGGAUCGGAUUUUCUCUCAUCAAGGGAAUAAAGAUUAAAGAAUGAAUACUUGCUCUCCAAAUUGCAGGCCUUCAAUUCGGUCGUUUAAUUUCAAGCCAGCUGAAAUGUUCAUUGUUUUCACACAUUCUUAUGUUUUCAUUGGAAUUUCAUUCCC